CUCUCCCUACCUCUCUCCCGUUUGUCGGACUUGUACUUCGCCGCUGUCAGUCACCGGUACCGGUCACAGUCGGUGUCAGUUUCCGGGCCCUUGUAUGUCCGUGUGUGGCUGCUCCUUUCACGGGAUGGAAGUGGACAAAAUGGACGAGAACGACUGGAAGUACCACGGAGAGGGGAACAAGAGCCUGGUGGUCUCUCACGUCCAGCUUUCCAGAGUUUUGCGCCUCCUCAAGUAUCCAGCAGAGGACUCUGAAAACCCCCCACAGACCGCAGAACAGGCCUUCAGGCAGAUCCAGAACAUCGUGGACUUCAGCUCCAACGUGAUGAGCAACCUGUUGGGGGAAAAGUUUAUCCACAGCGGGGAAGUGGUCAAACUGCCUCUGGAGUUUGUGAGACAACUAUCAAUCAAAAUUCAGCAUCAGAGACCAGCCUGGAGAUGUGAUAAGGUCAUGGACAUCUACAGCGGCUGUGCUCUCUGUCUGCCCAACCUGACAUCUCCAGCCCUCCACCAGCCAACACACACUCCCCCUCUCUGCAUUGAAAUCAAGCCUAAAUGUGGCUUCCUGCCGUCUCCCAAACACGUCAGCAAAGACAUCAAGACCAAAGUGUGCCGCUUUUGCAUGCACCAGCAUUACAAGGUGGCCAACGGGAAGUGGAAGAGACGCAGCCUGUACUGUCCUCUGGACCUCUUCUCAGGGAACAGACAGAGGAUGCACUUUGCAGUCAGACACCUGGUAGAAGAACCUCAGAACAACUUUAAGAUAUUUAAGGGAGGUCAGUGUAUUUACAGCAGUAAGGAAGGCAGCGACGACUCACCGGACCUCAACUGUCUGCUGCAUCAUCUCAGACCGUAUUUCAUGUACGGAAACAACCGGAUCAACAGUCACAUGACGAGCAAAGCCGUCCUCAGCGACUUCAUCCAGGUCCUGGUGAACGCCCUGCUGAGCGGUGGAGGAGGAGAUGGAGGAGGGCUGACGGACAGACGAGGGGAAAGCCGCAGCUUUUGUGAAGCCAGCCUCUUCAACAAGGAGCGGAUACGCCACGGAUCUCAGGGUUUACCGAGCGACAGCGUCUUGUUCAGGAUCCUUCAGACUCAGAUGUUGGACACGUUGGACAUUGAAGGACUGUUUCCUCUGUACCGCAGAGUGGAGCAGCACCUGCAGGACUUCCCUAAGGAGCGGUCUCGUCUCCAGAUCGACGGCCCGUAUAACGAGGCCUUCCUGGAGAAGCUGCAGAAAUGCUCCUCGGAGGACGACGGCUCUGUGGAAUACGCUGCGGCCAAGGUCCAUCAAUACCGCGUUGCCAUGACAGCCAAGGACUGCUCCAUCAUGGUGGCCCUGGUGCCCAGCGCCGAGGAAGAGGACGAUGAUGAAGGCCAGCGGCGGCUCAGGGACUUCAGACCUCCCGCCUUCUCCUGCUCCGUCUCCAUCUUGGAUUUGGACCCCAAGCCGUUCGAGAGCAUCCCCCGCCAGCUGCGCCUGGACCAGAAGAUCGUCUCCUGCUACCUGCGGACCGGCGGCGCCUUGCCCAAGGGCUCCCUGCCGCCGCUGCCCGGCAUCUUCUCGGCUGCGGAGAGAGAGGAGUGCACGCUGCUGUUCCACCCGAUGUGAGCGGCGGCUCGACGGCGGCUCUGAUCAGAGACUUCACUGCAGCACUUUCCUCUUCUCGUCGGCAGGAAUCCUCUCAGACCGCUGCUCUGCAGGAGUUCACCAGCUCCAAGCUCCACAUCUUUCUGUUACCGCUUCAGGCCGCCGCUGUUGCUGCGGAUCAUCUGUAUUUAUUGUGAAACUCACAGGGAGCCUCGUGGUGGCGCCGUUCUCCCGGUCGGCCGUAUGAUGUCAUUACCGUAAAGUGUCCUGAGGCGUCACCGUGGCAACAUGAGCUCCAGUUACUGUACCUAAAGAGGCUCGGGGAGGACGCUGGCUGGGGGGGGGGGGGGGGGCGCGCCGAGGCUGAGAGCCUCGUCCUGUUUCCUGCUGCUAACUCACAUCAAGUGGCUGUUCUGCAAGGUCAAAGGUCAAAAGUGUGCGAAGGAUCAGUUCACCCAGAAAUUUAUCGCGAGAGUAACAUGUAAUCAGGAUAUUUAAAGAAAGGUUGUUUUCAUGAAAUGUCUCUCAUGCUUCGUUCACCAAAAACAUCCCAUCAUCAGCGGAUUGCCUGGACCUUUAAUUUGAAAAGCCAGUGAGCGUCCUGGAUGCAGCUGGGUGAACUGAUCCUCUCACGACACAUUUCGGGGUCUUGCUGUCAAAACUGCGUCCAGGCUCCUCCGUUCUGUCGGAAAGUCGUAUUCCGGUGGUAAACUAACGGUCUGAUUAACCCGGAGAGGCGUCGCUCUGUCAAAAUACAGCUAAACGUCUUCAUGUCUGAACGUCGGACCAGCCUCUUGCUCGUAACGUAACAUCGAACUCAUGACCAGCAGUCCUAAACAAAAACAGUUCAUAUCCUAAAACCCCCAUUUAUCAGCUGGAAAAGGUUUUAAUAUAAAAACAGACUAAUUCCCGACGAGGAGUCACCGUUGGUUAAUUUAAGCUGUUUGAUUAGAAUUAACGUGUUGCGGCUUCGCUUUGAUUUCCGGUCUUUGCUCUUCGUUGUCUCAUAUCUCAUGGAAGCUGUGACGCCGCCUCACCUGAGCAGUGUCUAACUCAGCGGAGCAAAGGCUGCUGGGUAACACCGGACAGGCAGAGCUUCAGGCUGGGUUUGUGCCAUAAGUGGCUUGUUGUCUGUGGCGUGUUUGUGCCUAAAUGCUGUGGCAGGAUUGGAGGAUGGAGGCCAUCACUUUGUUACAGGCCGAACACAAAGACGGACUCUUGACCUCUGACCCGUCCGUCUUUGUGUUCAGCCGUCAGACGAGUUCGAGCUGCCGGGACGCAGCUGUGAGCUCCGAGUCCCUCCGACCCCGGACGACCCCGAACCGAAGCUCCUCGGGGUCGUCUGAGGUCGGAGAAACGAUGCGUUCAGGGACGCUGGGAGGUUUCACCGUCCGGGCACAACGCAGUUCCCGUCCAGGUCGAACCCGCAGCGCCGCCGCACGCUUCACAUAAAACUGGUAACACUUGACUUUUAGUUCCUGUUUCCGGCGCCCGCUCUCCACCCUCCAAUCAGACGUCAGGAAACUUCCCGCACUACGGGAGUCGGAUAACCCACGCUCCUUCUCACUGGUCGGCCAAUCAGACGUUUCUGUCCAAACACUACAAGUGUGACGAACAUCAACGGCUGGAGGGCGGACGGCCGCAAGCGGAACCAACCACUGAUCAUUCUGUUGAAACAAGACGCAGCAGGCAGCGCGGCCCGGCGGGGCAGCAAAGGCUCAUGGGAGUCCCAGAGGCACCACCACUCUCAGAACAGGAACUUUUAAUUCACCAAUAACACUAAAACCAUUUGAUACAGAUUCUAUCAGGUCGUUUCACAGGAGUCAGACUCGUUGAAAUGAGGAAUCAUCAUGAUGUUUAUCAGAUCAAUCUUUACAGGACAAUCUGCACAGAUAAAAAAAAAAAAAACCCACAUUGCAUUUUAUCAACUUAUAUUUGAAAGAAUUAGAAA